UACAUUUUUAUACGUCUUCUAAAUAUUACGUUGAUUAACACGAUAAAAACACUGACUAAUUUGAAAAAAAAAGUAGAAAUAAAUAAUAAAUGGAGAGUCUUCAAACUGUAAACAAUGAAGUACUUGACUCCAAUGAAGAGGAGUUAUUGGCACUGAGGCUGAAUCAAAGACGUGAAGCACGUAGAAGAAAAAUUUUAGAAAAUGCAAAAAAUCGUCUAGAGAGGUUAAAUGGACGUACCGUUACCACCACCACCAACAUUGACACCACAACUAUUAACACUACUUCAAUUGACUCACAUGAUGAACAUCACAGGCAUGAACACAUUAAUGGACCAAAUCACCUAGAUAGUGUUGAAUUUUCCGAUCCAGAAGUUGAGCCAGAUAUCAUCAUUCCUCAGCAAAUACUACAACAUGAGCCGUCUCUGGUUAUUGGCAAUCUAUUUAGCUCAUUAAAUACCGAAACAACUGCAGCACCCCAGCAAAAACGUCACAUUUUACUCAGGGCUCGUCUACACCUAAUAGUUUCGGCACUUUUCGCUUGCAUUUUAACAUUCAUUUUGCGCGAAUCAACAACAACCAGUUACAGCGUUUUUAUACCCGCCGGCCUAUGUGUUAUUAUUGAUUUGUUGUUCUUUAGAGAGCAGCAACCUUUAAAUCCGAUUAUAAAUUUGGUCAUAACCCUGUGUAACAUAAGAUUGCCGUCGCAGACAAAAAAUGUUUUACAUUUAUUUUCGAUAAUACAAAGUCUUAUUGUUGAUCUUGGUGUAUUUAUAUUUAGUUUUUGUUUAUUUUCUUGCUGUUUUGUUUGUAUAAAUAAUCGUUUCAUUGAUUUAAUUGUAAUUAAAUAGAUAGUAACAAAAAAAUAUGUAUUUAUAAGAAAUUCAUAUUAUUUUUGUCCAACAAUUUAUAACAAAAAAAAAAAAAAUAACUAUAUAAAUAAACUUAUAUUUAUAAAUAUGAUGCACGGGUAAUAA